AUGCCUGUAAUUUCAUCCUCCCCAUCCGUUGUUGCUCUAGGCAACAGGAUGUACUGCUUCUACCAAGGUGCCGGCAGGAACUCUGGCGGACUUUGGUAUGCAGUUUGGACUGGGCAGUACUGGGAAAAUGAACAGCAGGUCCCUGGAACAACUCUAACAGCCGGACCAUCAGCCGUUGUUUUCAACAACAAAAUCUAUUGCUUUCACCAAAGCGGCAGUGGUAAUGGCGAGCUUUGGUAUAAUGUUUUCAAUGGGGGACUUUGGGAAGGCGACAAGCAAGCCCCUGGGAUAACCCUAUCAGCCGGGCCAUCAGCGGUCGUUUUCAACAACAAAAUCUAUUGCUUUCACCAAAGCAGUGGUGAUACUGGCAAUCUUUUGUAUAACGUUUUAGAUGGGGACCACUGGGAGGACGAACAAGUAGUCCCCGACACAACCCUAUCCGCUGGGCCGUCAGCCGUCGUUUUUGGCAACUAUUUAUAUUGCUUCCAUCAAGCGAUCGGCCACAGUAGUGAGCUUUGGUAUAACAUCUUGAGUGCAGAGGGCUGGCAAGGCGAUCAGAGAGUCACUAAAACAUUCCUAUCCGCUGGGCCAUCAGCCGUCAACGUCCUCAACAAUACACUCUAUUGUUUUCACCAAGGUUACAAUGAAAAUGGCGAACUUUGGUAUAAUUUCUGGACUCAGAACGGCUGGCAAGACGAUCAAAAAAUGACUGCUUCGUCUAUGUCGGACGGGCCAUCUGCCAUUUUCUUUCAAAACGUCAUGUACUGCUUUUAUCGAGGCCAGGGGAAUUCUGGCCAACUUUUCUAUAAUACUAUGGUUAACGGACAAUGGACAGGCCAACAAGAAGUUUAG